UUACUUUGUGUACGGGCAAAGGACUACGUCUUCGUGAACCAUACAAGGCAGGUAAAUAGCCAAGCUACCAUUGGGGAAUUUUUGUCAGGAUUGCGUUCAAUUAUUGUAAUUUUUAGAUGAUAAUAUAGACUAACAUUUUAAUGUUCAAAAAGUAGCCUGCAAGUAAAGUUUGUUUAAUGAUAAAAACAUAUUUAUUCUAAAAGUAACACCACUUCUAACAGUUUUAUUCGUCUCAGAGUAUUUGUUUGUUACAAUUUGACAACUUGACCAGAGAUUAUUAUUUAUUUAUUUAUUUUAUUUUUUUAAGAAAUUGGAGACAUGUUUUGAUUCUUGGCUUGUUACAGUUUUACAAUCGUGCAUUUUAUUUGUAUUGUUUUCUACGCCAUAUAAAAUCAAGAAGUCUUCAGCAAAUUGUGGUGCGUUGAAUAAAAAACAAAAUGAUCUAAUCUUUAUUGGUUAAUUAAAAUUAAAAUGACUUUUAAGACAAUAGCCGUCUCAAGUCCCUUUGAUUUCUUAAUGCAUAAAGUACAAAUAAAUGUUUUUUUAAUAGCCGAAAAGAUCAAUUUCAAAUAAUAAUUUAUAAUUUUCCCAAGUUUUUUCCUUUGACAUAGACUAGGCUACAUUUCAGCUUAUUACUCGUGCUAAGAACUUAUUUUAUGGUAACAUUAUCAUUAUUAGUUAUUUACAGUAAAACCUCCACUAGACAGAGUGAAUCCAAACAUGAUUAUUGGAGCAGGGACAACUUGGAUAUAAAAAAAUAGGUUUAGACUACUUUGAUGUGAGCAUACUUAUUUUUUGCAAAGUUUUUUUUUUUCGACCCGAGUCAUACUGUAUGGUCGAUAUUUAAAAUUGAAUGCUGAUGCUUGUGUGCUUUUUUUUUUUUAAAUCAUAAAUGUUAAUUCCAACUAUAGGACGAUUAAUCCUAUGAACAAAGAAACAGGUCUAUUUGUGAAUAUAAAACCGUUGGAAAGAAAGUUCAGAGAUAGAGCAAUAAAUGACCAUUUUCCACAUAAAAUUAAGCAACAUAGGCUGACCAAAAAAAACAAACACUUAAAUGUGAACCUGGACCACAAAACCAGUCUUAAGUAUCACCCGUGUAAUAGCAAGAGCGAAAAAUACAUGACAUGGGCCAAAAUUAUCCAUUUUUCUUUUAUGUCAAAAAUCAUUAGGGUAUAAAGGAUGUAAACAUCAUCUUCCAUGAAGAUAUUUUGAAAAUUCCCUACCGUAAUAUCUCAAAACUUAAUUUCUGAUUAGUAAUAUGCAUUGCUAAGGACUUCAUUUGGACAAUUUUAAAAGCGAUGUUCUCAAUAUUUAGAUUUUUUGCACCAUCAGAUUCUAUAUUUUUAAAUAGUUAGGUCUAUUUAUAUCUCGGUCAAAUAUUGUCCUAACAAACAUACAUCAAUGGAAAGCUUAUUUAUUCAGCUUCCAGGUGACGUAUACAUUUCGAAAAACAUAACCUUAUGAAAAAACACAAACCUGAGAGAGAUGAAUUUAGAAUUAUAUUUCAAAUAAUUAAAUGCAAAUCAAAUGACAAAUGUACAACGGCGGCCUCGACAUCACACAGGCAGAUUUUCAGAUAAAUGAUAAUAUCUCCUGAAUGCCAAAGGUGGGCAAAGGUAAAGUUAAUCACAUAUAACAUUUGCGUAAAAAUGGCUAUUGUUAAAUAAUUUAGUAAACGUUAUGAGAUUGUGGUUAGAUUUAUCUCUAUGUUUAAAAAAAAGAAAACAGCAUUUAAAUUAACUUUUUUACUGUGUUAACCCAUAACCCAGUAUAGUAAUUAUAAAGCUUAGCCUGCUAUAUAGGCCUUUAUGUAACUUUAAGAUUAUCACAUGCUAAAUCUUCAUUCGAGUACGGAAAUCCAGAUCCACCACAUAAAGUGUUUCUGAAAAGCAGACUGAAAUCCGCCUAUCGUUUUGAACUUGAGUGUAUAUAAAUAAAUAGUUUUGACCCACCGCAUGCAUGAAAACCAGAAGAGCAGUCUGUAACUCACUGUUUAUGUGCUUAAAGGGCUGUUGGGGCAAUUACAGUGUAUCAUAAAGGUUUACUAUUUUAGCACUUGAUCUCAUUUUCGUUACCUUGUUGCUUUUUGGUUUUGUAUAGGCUACGUGGCUCACAAGGCUUUGCGGCUAAGCGGCGAUGUCAGCGUUAACGAAGCCAGUGGUCGUAAACGUUACGCUGUUCGCGUGAAAUUCUGCUUUUAUUAGUUUAUAUUCAAAAACGACUGAUCGGGUUUAUGUAGAUUUGACUUUAAAAGAAUCUAGCAGCUUGAAAAAGAUAUGGGACACAAGGGUUACGUGCACACAGGGGGAGGAGUCAUCGGUGCUCGUUGCGAUUUAAUUGGCUGUUAGCGCGCACUGAGUUGUAUAGUUAUCAGUAAUUAUAUUCAGCAUGUUUUGCACAAGAAAUGUCAUCCAGAAAGGGCAAUCUUCUUCCACCGUCAAAUUAUACCACAAAGAUGUCAUGCUCCGAUAGUCCAUCUGGAAAUUCGUUUCUGGUAGACUCCCUGAUCCACGGAAGGGCCGAGGGAAGUGGACACUACUACCAAAACAGCGGAGUCUACUUGCAGCCGAGCUCCGAGUAUUCUUAUGGACUGUCUAACUGUGGCUAUUUUUCUGGACUCAAACGGAACGAGAGCAAUUCGCAAAAUGUAAUACCUACGUGUGGGCCAUAUCAAGGCAUGGAAACAUGGCUGGAGACGUCGAGGUCCUGUCGCAUUGAACAGCCUAACAACCAAAUUACCCCACGGUCGUUCUCGCCCACCAUAAAAGAGGAAAUCUCUUACUGCUUAUACGAGUCUGAGAAGUGUCCAAAAGACACCAUUACAGAGGACAUAUCGUACUCCCGGCUGACACCAAACUCGUGUCCAUCUAGCAACAAUAACGGCUGUGUUCCGGUACCUGGUUACUUCCGUUUAUCUCAGACAUGCACCACAUCUAAAGGUUUUCCAGACAACCAGUCGACUCAUGCUGCUGCUCAGCGCUCUACCCGAUUUGACAGCUCUCUUUCAGCCAUAGGAGGAGAAGAGAGCAGGGAAGAGAACGAAGAGCCUCCCACAUGCGCACCAUGUGCCCCGGCAAGAAACAAGGAGCUAAGGGGGUCCACUGGCACCGCUUCAUCUCCCGAACCGCCGGACAGUCCGGAGAAGGCGGUCACUGUUACAAAAGGAGAUUCCAAAAGUGACAACACAGCUAACUGGCUGAUGGCGAAGAGUGGUCGUAAGAAGCGUUGUCCCUACACCAAACACCAGACUCUAGAGCUGGAGAAAGAGUUCCUCUUCAACAUGUACUUGACACGAGAGCGUCGCCUCGAGAUCAGCCGCAGCGUUCACCUCACGGACAGACAGGUCAAAAUCUGGUUCCAGAACCGACGGAUGAAGCUGAAGAAGAUGAGUCGAGAAAACCGAAUCCGAGAGUUGUCGGCCAACUUCAGUUUUUCAUGAAGCCUUCUCGCUUUAUAGAUCACUGGCGCCCUCCUCCAUCAGCAGCAGUGGUAGCCUACAACAACCCGUCUCCGUAGGUGUGUGUGUGUGUGCAUAUGUGACUCGUGCAAGAUACUAUUGAUAACUUAUUGUGUGUCGUAUACUGUUGACGUUUUUAUCUGUUUAUGUAUCAUUUUAUUUGACAAGCCAGUCGUCAUAACAUGUCAUGGUUAUUUAUAAACUGUCAAGAGUACUUCACUGUAAAAGCAAGAAAAGAAAAUAUCGAAUGCUGAAGGUGUUCAUUGUACAUAGCAUUCAGACUAUAUUGUACAUUUACUGUAUAUAACUGCGGUAUUUGCAUGUUGUAAUAAUAACUAUUAUGAAACCAUUUUUAAAUAAUAACGACCCGAUUCUUGGAAGUACGACCUUGGUCAGGUAUUUGCUGUUUUAGGCAUAAGUGGAAAAAUCCGGUUCUUAAAAUGUAGAAACUUCUCAACUUGACGGGACUCCUUGUAUUAUUUGAACAGCACUCAAAAGAGAUGGUCUCAGAUGUAAAUUAGUUAUUCACACAUGGCAGAAAAUACAUAGAGGCAUGUACCUAAAAUCAUCUUAGCCUACAUUUAAAGACAAUUAUUAGUCCAAAACACUCUUGAUUUUCUGAGCUUUUUUAUAACGGGGAUUUUUUGAGGAGCAAGGACUUUGCAAUUUUUUUUCUAUAAUUAUCAACACAGUCAAUACUAGUCCCGUGAUAAGUUACACACACAAAAUAUAUAUUACAAUCAUUCCCAUAUCAAUUAUAUAGUCAUGUCUUUCGGGUUCUAUUUCUAAUUAAAUUUAAUUAAGGGAAUAUUCCAUGAAAAUUGUAUGGGACUGUAUUGGUUAUCACAGCAGUCUGGGCAAAAACUCACAUUUGAUUGUAUUGGUUUGCUUGUGCAGAAAAUAAAUAGUUAAAAAAAAAAUUAUACGGCGUUGCCUUCUUAUCUUCGCAAGCAAGAAACAAAGACAACUGCUAAGUGAUUUAGGUAGUUUCAUGUUGUUGUGCUCUAUUUUACAUCCCCACGACACGAAACUGUCUUAAUUGCCUCGCAGUGAGAUUCAGCACAACACAAGACAAACAUUGCGGCGAAUUCUAAAAGUCUUUCCAGAACUAUAUUUUAUCUUAAAAGAAAAGCAGCAUAUAUUUUACAGACACAAUUCUAAUGCGUGAGCUGCACGCCUGAAGUGAAAUCUUUAGAGUUGUAUAAAAAGUAAAUGUUGGAGUGCAGGUGUAGUUAGCAAGGCCUCGGUUACGAUCAAUGCACUUUGGCCAAAGCCGCGUGCGCAUCUGAGACUGAGAGCACGCCCACACUGCCGGAUGCGUCUGCUGGGCCGGAGGAAAAAAAACACAAAGGCUUUAUUGGCCAUAUUUAGGCCAGACAGCCAAGUUAUAACCCGAAGAAAAACAGAGUAAUAGCCCGUUAUAAACAAAGUCUGUUGAAGUGCCCAGAGAUCCACUCUUCCGAGGACAAGAUCAGAGCAAUGCUCAUUGACCAGAGGGAGAGAAAGGUCUGGUAGUCCAUGGUUGUCCUCUAUUGUCAAUGUUUUCAUGGCUAAAACUAAAAAAAUAUCAGGAUUAAAUGUAUUUUCUAUUAAAACAUCCUUGUAUUUAUGCAUGCUUUGUUACAAUUACGUUGCUGAUUUCCAAAUGCCAUGCAAUGUUUAUAUUCUGAAUAAAACAUGCCGAGCAACUCUACCUUUAGCCACUGCAAAUAUAUUUACAAAUGCAACAUUUGAAUUAUGAAGCAUACAGUCACUAUUUCACUGAAUGUGUGUGAUAUUGCAAAACAAAGCUUUUCUGUGCUGUAUCAGCUUAUUCAAGAACAUUAACAAUAUAAUAGCAUAAUAACAUUGUAAUAACAUUGUGCCUGUGACAUACUGUUGCUAUGAAAAUCAUGUUUAUAAUCAUUAUUAUUUUUUGUAGUGUUGAUCAAACACAUUUUAAAUGUUAUUAAAUA